CACAGGUACAAUGACUCCGUUAGCCACACUAGCUUAGCAUAUAAGAUGCCAUCAGAGUGUUGCGUUGCCAUGGCGAUCCAUCGCCCCCACAGUUCACGGCCGGUCAUGACGAGUGGCCUGCGGGGGUCAGAGGUCGGAAGCCAGUUGGAAGCCAGGCGUCGUCACGGAAACGGCAUCCUCCUACCUGGUGGCAGGGGGCGGAGCUACAACAUGGUGACUUUCUCUCCGAGGAAGUGAGGCGUCGCUGACAGGAAGUGAGCCAUGAUGAUGCCAAAGAGGCCUCAGACGUCUCCCGGGAGCGUCUUGUCCCUCCGAGGUUCCAGGUCUCCAGGAUCUCCCGUUGCCGCCAUCGUGGCCCGCGUGGAGGACGGCGUGAUCGAAUACAAGGACCUGGCGGCGCUCCCGCGGGACAAAGCCAUCCUGGACAUCGAGAGGCCGGACCUGAUGACGUAUCGUCCGCACUACACCUACACGCCACUGACGUCCUUCUCCCCGCCCACCUCCCCCGAGAACCUCCUCAAGGAGGCCAAGGAGUGGCUGGCAGGAAGUUCUCCUGCAUGUUCCUCACCUGGUUCCCGCAGCAGGAAACACAGCGCCAACACACCACCACCUUCCUCCUCCUCCUGCUCCUCCUCCUCACCGCACACACAACACACACCACACACACCACACACAACACACACACCACACACAACACACACACCACACACACCACACACACAACACACACAACACACACCACACACACAACCUUCUAAGACCCUACAACACUUCCACAAACCUGACGAUGGCAGCAACAUGUACAAGAAACCUCCAAUCUACAAACAAGGCGUGGCCCCCCCCGCCCCCCCCGCAGGCAAGCACUUGGAGGAGCUGAUCAUCGAGUGUUCCAAGUUCCCGGCCGCCCAGCCUCCAGACCCCAGACUGCCGUCCAAGAUGGAGAGUGACUACUGGCCCUGUCCUCCCUCCAUGGCCGUCUUUGAGAUGGAGUGUCGCAGGAACGAGGCCAGGGACCAGGACCAGGACCAGGACCAGGACCAGGACCAGGUGUGGCUGGCAGCUGGUCCUCCCGAGUCCGGCUCAACUCAGAUCCAGUCCAACCUGGCAAGGAUCCUCCUGAGGGAGCAAGUGGACCAGUCGGCUCCUCUGAAGAGGAAAAGUCGCUCCCUGCCUGAGCGCAGCCAGCACGCAGGGGCCGCCACUUCCAGGUCUGUUUAUUUCCCAGCAGCCUCUGGGACAGGCUUGUCCAGGCUUCAGUCAGCAGAAUUUGGCCCCUCGCAAAAGCCCGCCGCAGGUGUUCAGGUAGUGUUUCCUCCCCGUCGUGCGUGCUGUCGGCCAUGUUGUGGUGAUGUUUGUGUGCUUGUGUGUCAGAACGGCGACUCCAGGAUGGACCGCGGCAUCUCGCUGCCCGCCAUGACGGAGCUGCAGAUCUACCCGUAUGAGACGCUGGUGGUCCGGCACCGAGGGCGGAGCAAGCUGCCUCCUGGCGUGGACAGAACCCGGCUGGAGAGACACCUGUCGCGGGAACAGUUCCUCAGCGUGUUCGGGAUGACGCCGGAGGACUUUGAGCAGCUUUCUCUGUGGAAGAGGAACCAGAAGAAGAAGAAGGUGUGUCUCUUCUGACCGACAACAGGCCACGCCCCCUCGCCGCCGCCGAGAAGCCAGCUUUUGUAAAACGUGCAAACACGGUGACGUCUUUUGCCGAACGAUCCCCUUUAAAGAUGGCCGCAGGAAAGCAAUAAAGUCAUCAAUGAUGUCAUCAGGGAGCGCCCACCAUGCAGGUCAAAGGUUGCAAUGAUGUCACCUUAUACUGUGUCCAAUCAGAUGGCUGGCAUCUCACCUUUACGCCUGCGCGGGCAUUGAUAUGAUAUGCUGUGAUGUUUUGACCAGGCUUCUCUUCUGAUUGGCUGAGUUGAUGCCGCCCACUCUUGAUUUCUGAUUGGGUGAAUUGACUCCGCCCACUCUUGAUUCCUGAUUGGGUGAAUUGACUCCGCCCACUCUUGAUUUCUGAUUGGGUGAGUUGACUCCACCCAUUCUUUUCAUUUCGGAUUGUGUGAGUGGACUCCACCCACUCUUGAUUCCUGAUUGGGUGAAUUGACUCCGCCCACUCAAUGAUUUCUGAUUGGGUGUAUUGACUCCGCCCACUCUUGAUUUCUGAUUGGGUGAAUUGACUCCGCCCACUCUUGAUUUCUGAUUGGGUGAGUUGACUCCACCCAUUCUUUUCAUUUCGGAUUGUGUGAGUGGACUCCACCCACUCUUGAUUCCUGAUUGGGUGAAUUGACUCCGCCCACUCAAUGAUUUCUGAUUGGGUGUAUUGACUCCGCCCACUCUUUGAUUUCUGAGUGAGUUGACUCCGCCCACUCUUUCAUUCCGGAUUGGGUAAAUUGACUCCACCCACUCUUGAUUUCUGGGCAAAUUGACUCCGCCCACUCUUGAUUUCUGAUUGGGUGAAUUGACUCCGCCCACUCUUGAUUUCUGAUUGGGUGAGUUGACUCCACCCAUUCUUUUCAUUUCGGAUUGUGUGAGUGGACUCCACCCACUCUUGAUUCCUGAUUGGGUGAAUUGACUCCGCCCACUCUUGAUUUCUAAUUGGGUGAAUUGACUCCGCCCACUCUUUGAUUUCUGAGUGAGUUGACUCCGCCCACUCUUGAUUCCUGAUUGGGUGAAUUGACUCCGCCCACUCUUGAUUUCUGAUUGGGUGAAUUGACUCCGCCCACUCUUGAUUCCUGAUUGGGUGAAUUGACUCCGCCCACUCUUGAUUUCUGAUUGGGUGAAUGACUCCGCCCACUCUUUGAUUUCUGAGUGAGUUGACUCCGCCCACUCUUUCAUUCCGGAUUGGGUAAAUUGACUCCACCCACUCUUGAUUUCUGGGCAAAUUGACUCCGCCCACUCUUGAUUUCUGAUUGUGUGAGUCGACUCCACCCACUCUUUCAUUCCGGAUUGGGUGAGUCGACUCCACCCACUCUUUAAAUUCUGAUUAGAGGAGCUGAUUCCGCCCACUUUUUUAUAUUUCUGAUUGGGUGAGUUGACCCCGCCUACUCUUUGAUUUUUGAUCAGGUGAGGUGAGUUGACUCCGCCCACUCUUUGAUUUCUGAUUGGGGGAGUUGACUCCGCCCACUUUUUGAUUUGUGAUCUGGUGAGCUGACAUCUGGUUGAGUUGACCCCGCCCACUCUUUGAUUUCCGAUGGGGUGCGUCGACCCCGCCCACUCUUCCUUCAGCGUCCGCAGGAAGUGAUGAUGUUUGAAGUGUGAUGUCACAUGCUAAAGGAGCUAACAUAGAGACAAUGCUAAUGCUAACGUUGAUGGACAUGUAUUGCACUUGUUGACAAACCUGGACUGGAUAUGAAGAUUGUAGGUCAUGUGACCUCAAUAUAUCGCUGCCUGAAGAAGCAUCAGCACGUGUUGCCUAGCAACCACGUGGUCAUUGGCAGCACAACAAGUGUUUGCCACGAAUGUUUGCUGCAUGGAUGACUUUCUGCAUCUUUCAAGAACUAAUAAAACAAAGUUCCGACAUCUUUA